CUCUAUUCAAAAUAGAGCAGUGACUUCUCCAUUUUCAACUUGAUUUUCCAAAUUGCAAAGUUCAGAAGAAACCCGAAAGUUCAGUUUGGUGGAAAACGCAUGCUUGUGUUGUGACCCACCUUCACCUAAGAGUCGUUUCAUCUUCCUUAUUGGUGUUGCGGUUACAGCACUGCGAAGUGUGACUGUGAAUUUUUGUUGUGGAAUUAGAAACCCUUUGUUUAGUUUACUCUUCUCUGCACCUAACUUUUUGAUAUACCGAAUAAAAACUAUUCCUUUACGCCCCUGCUGCUCCAAGUUUUGAUUUUGUAAGGAGUGGUGCUGAAGCUACGAAGAGGAUAGGCAGAAGCCAAAAUGGCACAUUUGCAAGAAGUGGAUCGAAGCAAGGGUGAUUUCAUCCGUUUAGAGCGGGAAUCUGUCAUUCCAAUUCUGAAGCCUAAGCUCAUAAUGACACUGGCCAAUCUUAUUGAGCAUAGUUCAGACCGGACUGAGUUUUUGAAGCUCUCCAAGAGAAUAGAGUACACAAUUCGAGCUUGGUACCUUCUACAGUUUGAGGACUUGAUGCAACUUUAUUCCCUCUUUGACCCUGUGCAUGGAGCACAAAAGUUGGAACAGCAGAAUUUAUCUCCCGAAGAAAUUGAUGUGCUUGAACAGAAUUUCUUAACCUACCUUUUUCAGGUCAUGGAAAAGAGCAACUUCAAGAUAGUGACUGAUGAUGAGAUUGACGUUGCACAUUCAGGCCAAUAUCUUCUAAAUCUUCCCAUUACUGUUGAUGAGUCUAAGCUUGACAAGACACUUCUGAAGAAAUAUUUUGAAGAGCAUCAUCAUGAUGACCUUCCUGAUUUUUCUGAUAAGUAUGUUAUCUUUCGUCGUGGCAUUGGGAUUGAUCGAACAAGUGACUACUUUGUCAUGGAGAAAGUGGACAUGCUUAUUGGACGGUUUUGGGCAUAUCUGUUGAGGCUAACUAGGUUGGAAAAGCUUUUAUCCCGAAGGUCAAAAAGGCGAAAUAAGAAAAUUCCAAAGGACAAUGAAAUUAACUCUGAAGUAGAUGAACAGGACCUAUAUGUUGAGCGAAUACGUCUUGAAAAUAUGCAACUAAGUUGUCGUAAUUUGCUGGGCAAGACCUUAAUCCAAGAACCGACAUUUGAUAGGAUAAUUGUUGUCUACAGGAGAGCCAGAACCAAAUCAAAAGAUGAACGAGGAAUAUUUGUGAAGCAUUUUAAAAACAUUCCAAUGGCUGAUAUGGAAAUAGUUCUUCCAGAAAAGAAAAACCCUGGAUUAACACCAAUGGAUUGGGUCAAGUUUCUUGGAUCAGCUAUAGUUGGGCUGGUUGCUGUAGUUAGUUCACUUGAAAUGCCUUCAGCUGAUUGGUGGGUCAUCAUUGCUGUUCUAUCCACUGUAAUUGGUUAUUGUGCUAAGACAUACUUUACGUUCCAACAAAACAUGGCUCAAUAUCAAAAUUUGAUUACACAGUCAAUGUAUGACAAACAACUUGACAGUGGAAAGGGUACACUUCUUCAUUUAUGUGAUGACGUCAUUCAACAGGAAGUCAAAGAGGUAAUAGUUUCAUUCUUUAUUCUGAUGGAACAGGGCAAAGCUACAAGACAGGAUCUUGAUCAAUGGUGUGAGGAACUAAUCAAAGAAGAGUUUGGUGAGGAUUGUAAUUUUGAUGUGGAUGAUGCUGUUGAGAAAUUAGAGAAAUUGGGAAUUGUUACUCGGGAUUCUGUUGGUCGGUAUCAAUGCGUUGGGCUAAAACGGGCUAACGAAAUCAUUGGCACCACCACUGAAGAGCUUGUCCUCAAGGCAAGACAAGGAAACAUGGCUCCUUGAUGAUGAUGAUGUCAGAAGAAGGUUCUUAUGUCUCAUGUACAUGUUUGUGUUGGUUGAUAAUGAUAAAAUCCAGAAAUUACCUUUAGUUAGAAUUUUCCAUUACACAAAUCUCAAGAGGGAAGUUAGUUUCUGCUUUCUGUACACAAUCUUCUGUAUUUUUCAUGUAAGUCUAUGUCAAUGUGUAUUCUGUAUUUUAUUAUUUUCCCAUUAGUUUGUGUUAAUAAAAUUACAGUGUUUGGAUUCACAUUA